AUGGAGGAAAGAACUUAUCAGGAAGAAUCAAGAUCUGCCGAAGCACGUGGAGCCAAGAGUCCAUAUCAGGGUGCAGAGGAAGAAUCCUAUCUUGGAGAGGUUGAGAUGAAAGCUAAAUCAAGCGGCUUCCUUUCCUCAUUGCUGGGAGCUGGAUGUGAGUGUGAUGGAUAUAGCAUUUACGUAGUUGGACAUUCCCUAGGAGGUGCAAUUGCUACAUUACUAGGAUUGAGACUAUAUGGUCAGUACCCAAACUUACAUGUUUAUGCAUAUGGGCCCCUUCCAUGCGUGGAUUCAGUCAUAGCAGAAGCAUGCUCAGAAUUUGUUACAAGCAUUAUACACGACAAUGAAUUUUCUGCACGCCUUUCAGUGGGAUCAAUUCUACGGCUUCGGGCAGCUGCAAUUAUGGCACUCUCAGAAGAUUCCAAAACUGAUACAGCUUUUAUUUUUAGACUUGCUUGUCGAUUUCUUUAUAUUAGCAAGUGGCAAAGAGGCAUUGAGGUUAAAGAUCCAUCAGAAUUACAUUCUCCACCCACCACAGUGGAAGAUCAAAAUUAUGAAGUCCAUAAAGAUACAAGCAGUGAUGGAGAUAUUGAUGAUGACAGUUUUGAAAAUCCUUUUCAUAAUGAGGCUGCGAAUGUAAAUGCAGUAGAUAAUCCUGUAUCUCAAUUUUUGGAAACUGUCCCUGGAAGUGAAAAUGGGUCAGCUGGGGAUCCCCCAGAGAUGUUUCUACCAGGGCUUGUGAUUCACCUGGUACCAGAACAAAGAAAUGACAAUGUGCCUUUGUGGAAAAGCUGGAGAUUCCAAGAGAGGGCGCAGCAUUAUAAUGCUUAUAUAGCAAACAGAGAAGACUUCAAAGAUAUUGUUGUCUCACCAAAUAUGUUCCUUGAUCAUCUUCCUUGGAAAUGUCGUGAUGCCAUGCAAAAGAUAUUAAAAGCUGAAAAUGACGAAGGCCUGCAUAAUGAAGUUCAAAUUGUGUGA